UCUUACGAUAAUCUCACAUAGUCACAGCUUAAAUAAAAAUAUAAAAUUUGAAUGUGUUUGGUGUUUUGUAUGAAAAUCAAUAUUUAAGAUUUGACGCAAUGAUGAAUAAACAGUCUCAGAAUAGCGAAGCUCGUUCAUCCAACUCGGAUACGAAGCCUGAAAAGUCUACAAAUCAGUCGCAAGGAAGUUUCAAGCUCUCGAUUCCGAAAGAAAAAAUGUGCAAAUUUAAAAAUAGAAUUUGCCGCAGACCAUGUGUGAAAUCUUUUGAUUACUGCGAAUUGCAUGUGCAAAUUAUCCCACCUGAAAUGAGUAAUGAAAGCAAAAGUGGCUUUGCGAGGUGUUCGUUUGUAGCUCCGAGAACGGCCACACAGUGCUGGAAUCCAUCUAUUAUGACACCAGGAAAUGGCGACAAGGGCAACUGGCCUCGCCAAUUUUGCAGGCAGCACAGAAUUAAGUUCAUCCUCGCGCAGAAACGAGGCCCUCGUGUGCAACAUCUGAAAUCAAAAGCAAUUGUGGACAAAUACGUCCGGAACAUCAAGCGACUGGCGGGUAAGACUCAAAACAGCGUCGUAAUUGACAGCCCCGACAGCAAAGACGACGAGAAGCCGUUCGGAGGCAUGACGUCAUCGCUUUUUGGAGGCGAGUCGUUGGAUGACUCACUGGUAGAUAUGGAGGAUUCAGACGAGGAGUGUCUCGAUAGUCUGCCUCUGUCUAAGUUCCAGCCGGAUAUAGUGGAGAAUGAUAUUGAUACGCGUGACAUGGGAACACUGGACCCUUUGAGACAUGCAUGUAUAUACACAUCGGAAGAAAUCGGUCGAAUUUUGUGUCUGAAAAUGAAGAGACUGCAACAAUUGUAUAAGCAGCAGUUCAAGUUCCUAGAAUACGAACUCAACUUGACAAACAUAGAAUACGCCAAACAAACUGCGAAACUGUCGAAAGCCCCGGAAACAGCUCAACCGAAACCGCUAAAUGUUCUGAGCAAAGUGACAAACGAAAAUGAAACCCUUGAAUCUGUGGAGUACAGAAAGUCAAUGCGCUUUUUGAAAACCGCAAGAAAGUUCAAAGGACAAGAGGCGCUGUUGAAAAUGAAACAAGACGAAAAGAAGCGUAUAUUUUCGACCAACGAGGAUUUCACAUCGAGUUCUAGUUAUCUUCCAUCACAGGCACAAGCAACGAAAUGUGCGUUUAUCGUCACGUCAAGAAGUAGUCUUAGAUGUGGUAAACGAACAAUACCCAAAAGCAAGUACUGUCUAGAACACAUUGUGAGUGACCGAAACCAAGUUUUGUUCAGCCAGUGUGCAAUAAUUGGAGACGACUCAAAGACGUGCCCGACUGUAUUGAAACCUUAUUUGUUUGAAAGCUCUUGUGAUUUGCACAGAAAACUGAAACCUAUAGUUUUUGAACCAACAGAGACAAACUUUUGAAUUUGAAUUAAUUUAUGUUGUGAAUUAUUUU